CCGCCCGGGCGGGCCGGGCUGGAGGAUGAAGGGCAGCAAGGAGCCCUUUCUUGUGAAGUUCGUAAAGGCUUCUGGAAGCUCCGAGUAUUUCUGCAAAGCCCUCGAGUCUAUAAAAGAAUUUCAGUCAGAAGAACAUCUGCAGAUCCUCGAGGAAGAAACAGCGCUCGGUAUAAAAGAAAAUGAUAAGUCCCUUUACAUCUGUGAUCCUUUUAAAGGCAGUGUUUUUAAUCAUCUCAAAAAGCUCGGCUGCAGAAUCGUUGGGCCGCAGGCCGUGCUGUACUGCAUGCAGUCGCAGCGGUGUGUGCCGAGAGCGGAGUAUCCUGUGUUCAACAUGACCAUGGCAGAUGUCACCGUGUCCUGCACCAGCCUCGAGAAGGACGUCAGGGAAGAAGUUCAUAAAUACGUGCAGAUGAUGGGUGGCCGUGUGUACAGAGACCUCAACAUAUCAGUAACUCACCUUAUAGCUGGAGAAGUUGGUAGUAAGAAAUACUUAGUAGCUGCUUCUCUAAAAAAACCUAUUUUGCUGCCUUCCUGGGUUAAGACACUGUGGGAAAAGUCUCAACAAAGCAUAAUUAGAUAUACUGACAUUAACAUGGAAGACUACGCCUGCCCCGUGUUCCUUGGCUGUACGAUUUGUGUAACUGGCCUGAGCAGUUCAGACAGGAAAGAAGUCCAGCGCCUCACUGUUGAACACGGUGGCCAGUAUACUGGGCAGCUCAAGAUGAAUGAAUGUACCCACCUCAUCGUGCAAGAGCCCAAAGGUCAGAAGUAUGAAUGUGCCAAGAAGUGGAAUGUGCACUGUGUUUCUGUGCAGUGGUUUUCUGACAGUAUUGAGAAGGGCUUCUCUCAGGAUGAGACAAUGUACAAAGUCGAGGCUGGAUCAAAACUAAGUAGUACACCCAGUACAUCAACACCCACAAACAAUACCAGCAAGCCCGACAAUCAUGCUCUUUCGGACGUCAGCCACAUUUCCAAUAUCAAUUUGAGUGGUGUUAAUGAAACUGCAUGUAGCUCUGCUAUGAGCAGCAGGCUGGAUCCUUCUCCUGAUGAGCUGGGAAACUUGGAUAUAAGUUCUUUUCAAGCCCCUGAAGAUUUACUAGAUGGGUGUCGAAUCUAUCUGUGUGGCUUCAGUGGCAGGAAGUUAGAUAAGAUGAGACGGCUCGUUAACUGUGGUGGUGGUGUUCGAUUUAAUCAGCUCAAUGAAGAUGUCACCCAUGUUAUUUUAGGGGAACAUAACGAUGACCUGAARCACUUCUUGGACAAGACAACUCACAGGCCUCACAUAGUGACAGCAAAAUGGUUGCUGGAUACGUUCAGUAAAGGCUUUCUACUUCCAGUCGAGCAAUACAUUCCUCUAAAUUACCAGCUGAUAGAAAAUCCAAUUUUGGAGCAACCUGGAGUAAAGCCAGUUCUUCCCAAAAAUAACACUCUCUUGAAGAAAGAAGCUACAGACAUAAAGCAGCACCAGAAAGCUGAUGAAGAUGACUUCCUCUCUCAAUAUGUAAAUAAUGAUUCCACGUUAGUUGAAGCUGAAAAAGUAACAUCUGGUAACUUCAGCAAUGUUACUCACUUGAGUGUUCAAGAGGARAAUCAGUCUUCUGUGUGUAAUGGCUCCUUGGCAGAGGCAUCUGCAGUGGCUGAAGAUCACCUAUUUGUCAGAAAGAGAUUYCUUCUCUUGGGUUUUGGUGAAGAGGAGGAGUCCUGCAUUGCAGAUCUCAUAAAGGAGAACGCUGGCAAAGUUGUGCAGCCACAGAGCAGAACUGUUGCAGACUACGCUGUGGUGCCCUUGUUGGGGUGCACUGUGAAGCCAACUGUGGGAGAUGUUGUCACUAAUACAUGGCUGAUAACGUGCGUGGAACAGCAGCUCCUUUUAGAUCCCCAGUCCAGUCCACUGUUCACACCAGUCCCAGUAAUGGAAGGAGCCACCCCUCUGGAAGGCUGUGUUCUUUCUUUCAGCCAGUUCACUGGUGCAGAGAGAGACUCCCUGGUUUAUUUGGCAGGAUUGCUAGGAGCGAGAGUACAAGAAUUCUUCGUGCGAAGAGCGAAUGCAAAAAAAGGAAUGUUUGCCAGCACCCAUCUGGUGGUGAAGGAGCCGGAUGGUUCCAAGUAUGAAGCUGCAAAGAAGUGGGGUUUGCCAGCAGUCACCAUAGCUUGGCUUUUGCAGUCUGCAAGGACUGGAAAGAGGGCAGAUGAAAGCAAGUUUUUGGUUGAUAAAGCAGAUGCUGAAGAYGGGGAGAGCUUUGUUGCUCCACUCAGCAAGACACCGGCAACUGUUAGAUCUUCUGAUUCUCCAGAACAACCUACCUAUCUGCUUGAAGCUGGAAAAAAGCCACCCGUGACCCCUCUUGAUAUGAACAGGUUCCAGAGCAAAGCUUUCCAAACUGUCAUCUCCCAUCACAUUGAGAAGAAGACAACCCCUUUUGCGGAAGGGGCACUGCCACAGAAAGAACCAUCCUUACACCUUGAUACACCAUCCAAAUUUCUUUCCAAGGACAAGUUGUUCAAGCCUUCCUUUGAUGUAAAGGAUGCUCUGGCAGCUUUGGAGACUCCGGGAAAUCUCUGUCAGAAGUCCAGGAAGUUGAGUACUCCCCUGUCUGAAGUCAUUGGCCGAAACUUGAAAUUGGCCCUGGCAAACAGCACGCGGCCCACGGCAGCUCUCACUAGCAGCCCUCAGUUGAAGUCUGCACAACCAGAAGCGCUUGAACAAGAAGACCCCAAGCCUUUGGCUGAUGUUGUUAUAUGUGUUAGUAAAAAGCUUAGUAAGAGGCAGAGUGAACUGAAUGCAGUAGCAGCUUCUCUUGGGGCAGACUACAGAUGGUGCUUUGAUGAAACAGUAACACACUUCAUAUACAAGGGAGGACAAAAUGACAACAACAAGGAAUAUAGAUCUGUUAAAGAGAGGGGUAUACACAUUGUUUCGGAACACUGGCUUUUGGAGAGUGCCCAGGAAUAUAAACGGCUUCCUGAAUCUCUCUUUCCUCACACUUACAAUCCCAAAAUGAGCCUGGACAUCAGUGCAGUGCACGAGGCCAGGUUCUCCUCUCCUGGUAGACUUCCAUCCACUGGAAAAAACGCCGAGGAAGAUGAGAUCAUUCCAGUGGAUGAAGAUGAUGCUGAAGAUGAUGUAACUACUGACCAAAUAAAGGAAGUAGUCCCUACAGGGGGAGAACAAGUUGUAGCAAGUGAAGCCAAAGGAGUGUUAACCCAGACCCUAGAAAUGAGAGAGAAUUUCCAAAGGCAGCUUCAGGAGAUCAUGUCUGCCACAUCAAUAGUAAAACCCCAAGGACCAAGAGGCUCCCUCUCCAGGAACAGCUUUGACGGCUCUCCGACCACCCCUGACGGCCCCCGCUCUGUGCGAAACGGCCGCAGCAGGGUCUUGGAAGCUCUGAGGCAAUCCCGGCAGGCACUGACAGAUCUAAACACAGAGCCAUCGCAGAGCGAGCAGAUCAUCUGGGACGAUCCUACUGCAAGGGAGGAGAGAGCAAGACUCGUCAGCAACUUCCAGUGGCCUAACAGCCCUUCCCAGUACACUGAGCAAGUUCCAAGUAAUGUCAGUAAGAACAUGGAUGAGCCUGCCUUCAGAUCCUUGGCUGAUUCAGAGCUUGCUGCUCUAGAUGGUCCUGAGGCUGGGGAUGGAGAUGUGACUGCAGAUCCAAAGAAUCCUGUAUGUAGAGAUCCUGAAACACCCCGUAAAGAAGACAAGCUGAUUCCCACUCCCCAGGCCCCCAGCAUUGCUUUCCCUCUGGCUAACCCUCCUGUGGCACCACAGCCCAAAGAGAAGACUGUUGCAGAAGAUGAGAAGGCUGAUGAAGAACCAGAAAAACAGCGGAAAUUUCAGCUGUCCUCUCUUAAUCCUCAAGAACGAUUUGAUUACUGCCAUCUGAUUGAGGAAUUAGGUGGAAUAGUGCUGGAGAAGCAGUGCUUCGAUCCCAGCUGCACACACAUCGUUGUGGGGCAUCCGCUGCGAAAUGAAAAAUUCCUGGCCUCCAUGGCAGCUGGGAAGUGGGUGCUGCAUCGUUCCUACCUGGAGGCGUGUAGAGGAGCUGGCUACUUUGUCCAGGAAGAAGAUUAUGAGUGGGGAAGUGAUUCCAUACUGAAUGUUUUGUCUGGAAUCAAUGUAAACCAGAAGAAACUAGCACUUGCGGCCAUGAGGUGGAGGAAAAAAAUCCACAAAGGAAGGCAAGAAACUGGUGUUGUUGAGGGGGCCUUCAGCGGCUGGAAGGUGAUCCUGAAUGUCGAUCAAACCAAGGAAGCUGGAUUCAGGCGCCUUCUUCAGUCCGGAGGAGCAAAAGUGUUUUCUGGUCAUUCUGGGGCUCUCUUUAAAGAAGCUACCCACCUCUUUGCUGACUUCAGCAAGCUGAAGCCGGAGGACAGCAGGGUUAAYGUGGCCGAGGCAGCCGCGCAGGGGGUCAGCUGCCUGAAGCCCGAGUACAUCGCUGACUACCUCAUCCAGGAGCCACCUCCUCCGAUGGAAUCUUACUGCUUGCCAGAAGCUGAGUCUAACCUUCAGAAUAACAAAGAACUUGGAACUGGAUUAUCCCAGAAAAGAAAAGCAACGGGAGAAAGGAGCAGAGCCAAACGAUCCAGAAUACACUGAGAAAAUUCCCUGUUUUUAAUUAGUUCAUUUUUUAAAUUCAUAUUUAUAUAUUUUUUUCAUUCUCACUACAAUUAAAAGCUUUGAGUAUCACUUUUAAUUUGCCUCGAGAUUACAAUAAGUUUCCCAUAACACUGAUAGGAACUCUUGCUUUGGGCAGUGGCCGUUUCUAAAAACGUGAGUUUUGGUAAAGCACUCGUCAGAAAAAAAAGGAAAAAAAAACACGUGGCCUCCAUAAUGUUCUGAUCACCGGCACUUUUUACUGACUUGUCUGGGGACACCAUCCUAUGAUAAUGGGUAAGAUAUGAGAUGUUUAACACAUCUUCCAGCUCUGUGCUGCAGCGUAUGUAUAAUGAGGGAGUUGAGAAUCCUUUUGCAUUUGCUACAAAAUAAGACAUAGAUCUUUGGGCA